AAAAGGGACGACCAUACAAGGGAUAGAAACGCCUAAGACUCUAACUUUUCCAUUCAGAAGGCGUCUCAGACAUCAGAGAAAUCGACUACACUUAAGGUUUGGUUGUGCAUUUGAGAGAGAGGGAUAGAGAAACUARGGGACAAAGAGAGCCAUCCAUAAUCAAAGCUGGAGAGAAACACUGCAAGGGAGAGAAAAAAAGCAAGAGAAAAAUGUGUCUAUCUUGCAUCUUCGGGGAACAUCAUCACAAUUUAAUACGAAUUUGAAAACCACAGUACUGCAACCAAUCUGUCUUCUGAGAGAGGGGAGGCAGCAAGCAAAGGCCGGAGACUUCAACCACUAGUUCUCUGGAAGUCUUUUUAAACACUACUGAAAAGCCAUAUACAGUAUUGUUCUACAAUAUCACUGUGCUAUUAUUUAUAUGAGAGGUCAAUAGUCUGAUGUUUUAUUAAUCAGAGUAAGUUUUCCUGAGCUAUUCCAAUGGCCUGACCUUUGUUCAGUCAGUUCACCCUUUUCUUUGACAAUGAAAACACUAUCAUCUCUCUACCAGCAUCACUUCUCCCUCUCCUGUUGAAACUGAUGCACAAACAAAUUGACAGACUGGGAAUGGAGGCAAGCCAAUCUGGUUGUUGAGGCCUUCAGUUCGGACGGAUGAUUAGAUUGGAUAUACCUAUCCUUUUCCUUCUGAUCAGAAAAGACCCAGAAAUAACCAUCAAGUACCUAGAGACUCUCUGUACCAUUACUCAACAUCCCGUUCACUCCUGAAACAUAAGCUACGAAACAAAAUGGCUGCUGGAGUUGCAACAUGGAUGCCCUUUGCCCGGGCAGCAGCCGUGGGCUGGCUACCACUGGCCCAACAGACCAUGCCCAAGCCUCCUGUGGACAAAACRAGUCGCAGUGAUGAGAUCCUGUUUGUUAAUGUGAGUGGACUGCGCUUCCAGACAUGGAAGAACACCUUGGACCGUUACCCAGACACCCUUCUAGGCAGCUCAGAAAAGGAGUUUUUCUACAAUGAGGAAACUCAGGAAUAUUUCUUUGACAGGGAUCCAGAGAUGUUCCGCCAUAUUCUCAACUUUUUUAGAACAGGCAAGCUACAUUAUCCCCGACAUGAAUGCAUUCAGGCUUUUGAGGAGGAGCUGGCUUUCUAUGGCAUAAUACCUGAGAUCAUAGGUGACUGCUGUAUGGAAGAGUACCGGGAUCGUAAGAAGGAGAACCAGGAGCGUUUGGCUGAGGACACAGAGGCAGAGAAUGCCGGAGACGCUCCCCUGCCCCCAGACGCCACGUUACGUGAUAAGCUAUGGAGGGCCUUCGAGAACCCUCACACCUCCACCAUGGCUCUGGUGUUCUACUACGUCACCGGCUUCUUCAUCGCUGUGUCUGUUAUUGCCAACGUUGUGGAAACGGUUCCCUGCCGACCACUCAAAGGGAGUAUAAAGGACCUGCCGUGUGGUGAGAAGUUUUCUGUGGGCUUCUCUUGUUUGGACACGGCCUGUGUGCUUAUCUUCUCCUGCGAGUAUCUCAUGAGGCUGUAUGCUGCCCCCAGCCGCUGUGAUUUUGCACGUUCGGUGAUGAGCGUGAUUGACGUGGUGGCCAUCUUGCCCUUCUACAUCGGCCUUGUCAUGCCCGAGAACGAAGAAGUCAGCGGGGCCUUUGUUACCCUGCGAGUCUUCCGGGUGUUCCGAAUCUUCAAGUUCUCCCGCCACUCUCAGGGCCUGCGCAUCCUAGGCUGCACUCUGCAGGCCUGCGCCUCGGAGCUGGGCUUCCUCCUCUUCUCCCUCACCAUGGCUGUCAUCAUCUUCGCCACCGUCAUGUUCUAUGCUGAGAAAGGCACCAAGGGAACCACGUUUUCCAGCAUCCCCGCCUCCUUCUGGUACACCAUUGUCACCAUGACAACACUAGGAUAUGGAGACAUGGUUCCAGACUCCAUAGCGGGCAAGAUAUUUGGCUCCAUCUGCUCCCUCAGUGGCGUGCUGGUGAUUGCUCUACCUGUGCCUGUCAUAGUCUCCAACUUCGCAAGGAUCUACCACCAGAACCAACGGGCAGAUAAGAUGAGGGCACAGCAGAAAGUGCGUCAGGCAAGGAUUCGAAUGGCUAAAAAAGGGGCCACCAAUGCAUUCUUGCAACACAAAGAGGAUGGGGGAUUGCAGGGUGGUGAUGGUGACAGCACAGCUUUUUGUGUGAAGAACAGGUCCGCCUUUGAGCAUCAACAUCAUCAUCUAUUGCAGUGCUUGGAGAAAACCACUAAUCACGAGUUCACCGAUGAAGUCACCUACAGCGAGGUGUGUAUGAUGGACUCAAUGGGCUUCCGCACCAGCCGCAGCACUUCCUUGUCCAGCCAGCAGGGGGCCACCACCACCUGCUGCUCCCGGCGGGCCAAGAGGAGGGCCAUCCGCCUUGCCAACUCCACCGUAUCUGUCAGCCGAGGAAGUGUGCAGGAGCUGGACACGCUGCACGUCACCAAGACACCUGUUGGUACUCAGUACCCACAGAGUCGCUCCAGUCUAAACGCCAGAACUGAAGACCUGAAGCUGAACUGUACUGACUACACAGCAGCCAUCAUCAGUAUCCCCACUCCCCCAGCCAACAGUCCUGACGAGAGCCUACCUAACUCACCCGCCAUCCCUGGCAUCCUACGCAACUCUCGCUCCAGUAUCUAUAACACCCAGGAAACUGUCAAGAUCUCCUCUUUAUAACCCUCUGAAGCACAGGAGCUUGACCCAUUGCACAAAUCAAGAGGAAUGGGGUCCGUCAGAGAAGAACAUAGGAAAGAAGGAUGAUAACGUCCACACUCUUUGCAAAUGCUUCACUCCGAUACCAACGUAAUGUCUACUGAAUAGUCAAGGUAGGGGCAGCGUGAGAAAAAUAAAGUAAAUUAAUUGUAACUAUCCAUUUGAUGUGCUGGAACAGUUACUGUGAGGUUGACCUUUUGGCCCA